UUACAAACACACACCCAAAAGAAGCAAAACCUCCAUCCUUCCUCCGCCAUAUUCAAAUCGGAAAUUCUCCAAUCUCUACCGGCGAAAAACGAUGUUGAGGCUAGCGGCGCACAAGUUUUUGGGCCGUGCAGCGGCGGCGUCGUCGUCGUCGUCGUCGUCUCGCCCUGUGGCUACCCGAUUCUAUCACGAGAACGUGAUAGACCACUUCAACAACCCUCGCAACGUCGGUUCCUUCGACAAGAACGAUCCCGCCGUCGGCACCGGGCUGGUCGGGGCGCCGGCCUGCGGCGACGUGAUGAAGCUGCAGAUUAGGGUCGAUGAGAAGACGGGGGAGAUCGUGGAUGCUCGAUUCAAGACCUUCGGCUGUGGCUCCGCAAUCGCGUCGUCUUCUGUAGCCUCUGAGUGGGUGAAGGGAAAGCAGAUGGAGGAAGUUUUGACCAUCAAGAAUACUCAAAUUGCCAAGCAUCUUUCCCUGCCGCCUGUUAAGCUCCACUGCAGCAUGCUAGCGGAGGAUGCCAUCAAGGCGGCUGUCAAGGAUUACCAAGCAAAGCGUGCAAAAUCGAACGGUACUGAAGCAGCUGAUGCACCUCUGCAGGAAGCUGCUAAAGCUUGAAGAUGUGUAUAUUGACCAUGUGAUCACCAGAAGUAUUUCCUGCUAGAGCGAGAACCCUUCUCGGUCCAUGGUAGGCGAAAUAAUAAAAGGGCUUGCGAGUGAUGUAAAGAGAUAGGCUGCUGCUCAGUGAUGAGUUGUGGAAAUGUUUAGCUAUGUUUUAGCUCUCUGGUGCCUUGUGUUGAGGUUAUCCUUCGUGUAACCGGGUGUCCUUUUUGUUUUGUAAUCGGAUGUUAUGACUGAUGGGUUUUGUUUUUCUUAUAUCAAGUUGAUUGUGGUAUAGCGCAUAACUUGAUAGACACGCACAAUCUAAUGGUCUU